AUGAUACUUGGUCCACCGGAGGACUGCGCAGACUCCGUUCGCGGACUAAAGAAGAGGGCACGACAAGUUUGCGCCCUCAAAACUGCUCCGAGUGAGCCUUCACUCUGUUCGGACCCGAUAUCAUUCACUUUGGAGGAUGCUAAAGGGAUCCAACACCCCCAUUCAGACCCUUUGGUUAUCGAAGUCUCGAUGGGCGACUUCGACGUCGAACGAGUCUUGAUUGACACUGGGAGCACCGUCAAUGUACUCUGCUGGCAAACGCUAGAAAAAAUGAGCGUCACACCAGACCAACUCAAACCUGAAACUCGAACGCUGACGGGCUAUGACGGGAUCGCCAAGAUGUCGAUGGGCGACGUAAAACUAGAAGUACGAGCUGGCGGAGUGACCCGGAAGACUAAGUUCGCAGUCGUCGAUGCACCACCAAUCUACAACGCUAUUUUGGGGGUACCAUGGAUAUACGCGAUGCAGGCCGUACCAUCGACCUACCAUCUCUGCCUCAAAUUCCCAACUACCACAGGAAUUUGCACACUUUACGGCGACCAGAGGGUGGCCAGAGUCUACUCUGUUAUCGAAAAGAAGCAGAGGAAGACGGAGGCCGCAUAG